AUGGGUUUUGGCGCCUCUCCCUCUGAUAUUAGAAUCCUGGUCGCUUCCUGCAAGACCGUCUAUAGGAAGUGCCGAGAUGCUGGUGGGGACUAUGAUGAAAUAUCCCGCGAAGUGAAAGGUGUGCACACUGUGCUGCGCCAUCUAAAGUACGAAACCCAAGCCCCAGAAUCUCCAUUGAAUCGCGAUCGUUCGAUAUGGGGACGCCAACUAGCCCCGAUUGCUAGCGACUGCGAUAUUAGUCUGCGGCAACUCGACGGCCUGCUGCAGAAGUAUGGGCGACUUGCUACAGAUAGAAGCGGUUCUCCAGCAUCCACGGGAGUGUCUAGGGACAGAAUACAAUUUGGUAGAAACGAGCUGGACCAGCUGGGUAGCAUCCGCGUGAAAUUGAUAUCGCACAAGAAUAACUUGACGAUGUUCAUGGACAGAAUACAGCUGGAUCAAUCCAUAGUGAUGCCGGCGAAUUUGGAAAACGAUGAAGGGCAGCUGGAUGUUAUACUGGAUAAAGUGGAUUCCAUUGCCGCUCGAAUGGGGCCAACGUCGGCAGGUGUAAUGGGUGGUUAUGAUGAUGACGAUGACAGAGAAGUUUGGAAGCAAUUUCGGAGGGAACUAGUGAUAGAAGGAUUCUCUGGUGACAUAUUGGAGCAACAUAAGGAUGUUCUUCGAGCCUACAUCCGUGAGCUCGAUCAAAAUGGACUUCUAGAUGAGGCGCCAUCAACAGCAAAGGCACUUCCUUCAAUUGAACGUGUUGACUCGGCAAAACGGUUGGGUUCGAUGCAAACGCUACCAGGCCAGGAGCAAUCCGAUUCUCUGAAAAUUGCCACGGUCGGCAGAGGGGCAAAGGAAAUUGUAGCCCAAGAAGAAAAUAUGAAAUUCCCAUUGUCAAUGAAGCUAGAUCUAUUGAGGCCCGACAGAGAUCGGGCUGUAGAGUACCAGCAGCAACGUGGGGCCCCAUCGCCAACGCUACCAGAACACAAGGGGACAAGUGGACCCAACCAGCAGCAAUUAUCUCCGGUUUUAGAUCCUACGAUAUUUAAUGCAAGGGGAACACAGCAAUACAAUAGAAUCGGAACAUCUGACAGCGACUCGGACACUAAUCGUUUAAUAAAACGAUUUUCGGACCCUUCAAAAGUAGUCAUUAUCAACACAUUCGAUUUACUCGACUUGAGUUCAAGAUUGCGAUCAUGGCCACCAGGGCUACCCAGCAGCUUUGAUGGCAAUAUAUCUUUAGACAACGAUAAUGCAAGACGUUCAAUAGAGUACAAGCCGAAGGAACAGACAGACCUUAGCGAAUCCCCUCCCCAGGUUGGGUCCCUGGCGAUCCGCCCUCCGAAGGCAAACAUUUCGAGAGACGGUCUCAGCACAAGCCCAAGGCCAGAAACUAUACGUUUAGCUCCAGACUCGCAGGGAAAUGAGAUUCCUCCAGAUGCUAAGUGGACCAAGAUUAAUCGUCGGCUAGUCUCGCCGGAAGUGUUUGACCAAGAUGGAAGAAGAUAUGAAGCACGGCCGGAUUUUGUUGCUGUACUUGGUGUUCUAAGUCGCAAAGAAAUUGAGGAGUAUACGAUGAGAUCACAGGAAUUGCGUGCGGCCCGGACUCGGCGAAAUCAGCCACCACCCCCAAUCCGACAUCCAGUCCCAAGGCUACCAAGUGAAAGAGGCGGGCGCCUUGCUCGCUCAACGGAUGAGGACGGUUCGUCAGACUCGGAACAUUAUACCACUAGACGGACUAGAAAACGUGGGUCCUCCCCACCGUCGAACGCGGGUAGCGAUCUAGGAACAAGUUCGGGCUAUCCGAAUCCAUUUGGCGUACGGCCGCCAUCACCGCCAUCGCCGCCACUACCACCAAGGGCCUCACCAGCUUCCACAGCGGCGCAGCCAAUGUGGAUGCCUAGAUCAACACUCGAUCGGGAUGCUCGAGACCGAAUCAGGCCACUUGGUUCGUAUGAGGCGGAUCGAGGAAAGUCUCCUUCUUCAUUUUCGAGGGAAGAGAAGGAGUAUUCACAGCAUCACCGACAUAAUAGCUCGUCCCGGCCCUCUUCUUACUCAAGUAGCCGAAAUAAUAGAGAUGGAGAAGCCGAUAAGAAAGGCAGGAGGUGGAGGGAGGGUGCAAAAGCUGCAGGGAUAGGCGGAGCAGCCAUGGGAUUGUUAAGUGUACUAUCUGACGCGGCAGAGGGUCUAUGA